AGUAUUAGUAAUAGUAUUACGAGAAUAUUAGUUUGAUAAUAGCCACAAUUUUAUUUAGCAAACAUUAAAAUGAUGUAUAAAAUGAAGAAAAUCAUUGUGCAUGAUAAAGAUGUUGCUUUGCCGGACUGCAUGUAUUCUGUUAAAUGUCGUACAGAUUUUUAUCAUGAAGACGAUUGCAACCUCAGUAUCAGUAACCAGGUUAUCAAGUUUCUUAAGGGAUCAAAUAAAAUGACUGAGUUGGAGCAGCGUCAGGAACAAUUACUUAAAAAGUUAGAUACUUUAUAUGAGAGAAUUGCAACUAUCAGUUCAUACUGCAAAGGUACCAUCACUCAAAAUGAAACAAGAAAACCAGAACAUUGUUUACCAACACCUGAUGAAGUUGUGCUGGUUCUCAGCCCAGAUAGUGUGCCCUGGUAUCUUAAUUUCAUUUUAAAACAAUCUUCUGUGGCUCUAAACAUUUCAUGGCAUAUUCAUUCAUCAGUGCCAAACGAAAAAUUGACGAAAAUAAAAAACUAUGUUAAGAAUCUGAAAGAAUCGAAAAAUAACUCAAGAACAAAUUUGAGGCUGAUUUUCAAGUGUGUUUCGGCUGACACGGAGUUGAAGUUUUCUACACUGGACACUCCUAUUGUAGGAAAUGUAAAUAUAUUACGAUACCUGUCUUAUGUUUACCCAAAUAUCAUUCCAUACAAUGCUAAUGACUACUAUGUUGACUCCUUACUUGAUCUAUGUCACGUUCUGGAAAGAACUUCAGAUAAGAACAAAGAAGUUGCUGUAUCCAAACUGUUUUCAUCAUACAAAAAUUGGAUUUAUGGGACAGAAUUUUCUAUUGUAGAUUUAUGUGCUUACAAUGUAAUUAAGCAAUGGAAAAACAUCCCCAAGUGUGUCCCUAAAGCUUGGGUCGACAAGUGUGACAAACUGAUUCUGUAAUCAUUUCUUAAAAUUGUAUGAAUAAAUAAAAUAACUACAUAUUUAUA